AUGGCUGAUGCUCCUGAUCGAGCUGUUGCUGCUGCCCGGUUGCACAGUUUGAGACCGGAUUAUCCAAAUCCUGUUGCUGAUGCUGAAAGCAUUGUUUCCAAAGCAAUCAGAGAUGGUGCAAUCCAUGCCACUUUAGAUCAUGCUAAUGGAUGGAUGGUAUCAAGGGAGACUGGGGACAUUUACUCUACCAAUGAGCCUCAGAUAGCUUUCAACUCGAGGAUUGACUUCUGCCUCAAUAUGCACAAUGAAGCUGUGCGUGCCCUUCGUUUCCGGUCAAACUCCCAUAAAGAGAAGGAAAGUGCAGAAAAGAGGAGAGAGAGACAGCGGCAAGAGCAAGAACUUGCUAAACAUAUAGCUGAGGAGGAGGAUGAUGAAUUCUAA